CAUUUGCAGUGGACAGGCGGAUGUAGUUUUCUGUUACGCCAAUAUCCGUUCCAUAGUUCCAACAUGGCAAGCCGAAGAAGCUCAACCAAAAGCCGAGGCAACGAUAACAAAUAUUCUGUGUUAUUGCCCACGUACAAUGAAAGGGAAAAUUUGCCUCUAAUAGUGUGGCUACUGGUCAAAUACUUCAACGAAAGUGGGUAUGAUUUCGAGAUAAUAGUCAUUGAUGACGGAAGCCCAGAUGGGACGCUGGAGGUGGCAGAACAAUUGCAGAAGAUUUACGGUGAAGACAGGAUCCUUCUUAGACCAAGAGCCAAGAAGUUAGGGUUGGGGACUGCCUACAUCCAUGGCAUGAAACAUGCCACAGGGAACUUUGUCUUUAUUAUGGAUGCAGACCUCUCUCACCACCCUAAAUUUAUUGCAGAAUUUAUUGAGAAACAGCGGGAAGGAGGGUUUGACCUGGUCUCUGGGACUAGGUACAGUGGAAAUGGGGGCGUGUAUGGCUGGGACUUGCGCAGGAAACUCAUCAGUCGAGGGGCCAACUUCAUCACUCAGGUGCUGCUGAGACCAGGAGCAUCGGACCUAACAGGCAGCUUCAGGCUCUACAAGAAAGAGGUGCUGGAGCAGUUGGUGGAGCAAUGUGUGUCCAAGGGCUAUGUUUUUCAGAUGGAGAUGAUUGUCAGAGCCCGACAGUUAGGUUACAGUAUUGGAGAGGUUCCAAUCUCAUUUGUGGAUCGUGUUUAUGGAGAAUCAAAACUGGGAGGAAAUGAAAUAGUCUCUUUUUUGAAAGGACUUCUGACUCUUUUUGCCACAACAUGAGUUUGACAUCUUUCCUUGGACAUUUUGAUUCUGAUUUUUUCCUAGGAUCUGUCCUAUGUACCCCACCAACUCCAUCCUUUAUUGCAGGCUGGAGUGGUUUCAUUCACACCACUGUUUAGAGUUCUGAAGCUCCACAAGACUGGAUACAGGGAGGCCAAUCCUGUGUAGCCCCUUUCUGUACAUCAUGAGUAAACCCCAUACCAAUUUGUCUUCUCUCCUAAUCCUUACACCAGGUUGCAUCUUGUCUGUGCUUUAAUAGAAAUUGACUGUUUUUUUAAAGGCCCACAUGCAUAUUAUAUAUGUUUCUGAGCUUUUCAUAUCAUCCUGAAGCUUUAAAUUUCUGCUCCUUCCUCAUCCAAGUAAAACAAUUGCAAUUUUGGUAGAAGUAUGCAUAUUUUAGGGUCUACUAUUUUUUCCUAUUGUUUGUAAAACGAUUUGAUGUGAUAUUACAUGUCUUUGCAUAAUUAUUAGAUGGCAUUGCUAAAUGUUAACAUAGAGAGCUCUGUGGGCACAGUUACAGCCUUUUCCAAAAACCUACGUCACUUCUCUUUGCAAACAUUUUGUGGCCAUUUUAGAUGCUAAAUCCAGGAAGAAAACUGGUGUGUAGGCCUUUAAAAGAUUCUGCUGCAUAUUGUAGCUACAAUGAAUGUUGUGGAGAAAGAAACUGCUUGAUUCCUUUGUAUGACACAUUUAAAAGUACAUUGAUCAUAAUCAUAAAUAAAUAUUUUCCAAUGCUGGGCAACAUUUAA